GGGCCGGCAACGCCCCGCGCCCGGGCGGACGGUCCGAUUGGCCGGUUCGCCGCCUGAACCGGCCAAUAGGGGGAUGCGAUGCCGGGGCCCGCCUAGCCCGUGGGUGCGGUGGUUCCUGUUCCGCUCGGGCGGUUUGAACGGCCGUGAGGGCGGCAACGCGACCGCAGGUGUUGAGUCCUCUGAUCUGCAUGAAACAUUAAAUUAUUUGGAAGCAUCACCUUUAGUUAAAAACAAAGCCAGAAUUGCAGAAACCUGAGCACAGCUUAAUUAGUUCAAAAUUGAGAAGGAGAGCAACCAUGACUAACUUUAUGCAGAAUGUCAUCAGAUGAGGAGAAAAGCACAAGCCCAGUUUUACCAAAAGACUCUGUUCCGGACAGUUCUCUUUCUUCAGAUCUUCAGGACGAAUAUGAAGAGCCACUUCAUUAUACUGUAGUGACUCCAAAGUUUGCACAGGAUUUAUCAAAGUGGACAGAACCUGCCUCAGAACUGAGACCAGCUGACAGAUCUGCAAGGGCAACAAAUGAUGCCAGUCACAGUAAGACUCCAGUGAGGCAGAGUUUUGAGGCCAAUAUGGAACAAGGUAUUCUUUCAGAAGCGACUUCUUCACAAGGGUCCACACAUGGUCCAAGAGAAGUCAGUGAAACCAUAAUGACUGAAUUAACUUUACAAGAUGAAAAGCUCAAUCAAAUAGAAAAUAUACUUGAUCUCUGGACUGGCAGUCUUAAGACAAACAUUCUGACAGAAUUGAGAAAUUGGAAACUUAGUUUGAUUCAACAUCACAAGCUUCAAAUGAAACAAGAAAAAGAGAAAUAUGCUGCACAUGUGAAACAACUGUGCAAUGAGAUGGAAAACCUGAAGGAGUUACUACAUACUUAUGAAAUUUCUAUUGCUAGGAAAGAUGAGGUAAUUACUAACUUGACCCAAGCAAUAGAAAAGGAAAAGGAGAGAGUAGAGUUGAUGAGAAAGUUUACGCUGUGGCGGAUUCAGCAUGUUAAAGCAAGUCAAGAGGAAUAUGCAAAUAGAAUAGCAGACAAACAAUUUCGGACAACUUUGAUGAAGAAAGUGUGGGCAGCGUGGCGCUCUCUUAGUGAAGAAAAGUGGAAAGAUAAAGUAGCAAGAGCUUGUCAGUUGAGGGCAGAAGAUGUCUGUGUUCAACUCACCAAUGAUUAUGAAGCCAAAAUUGCAGAGCUAACUGCUAAUUUGGAACGGACAAAAGCUGAGAUUCUGCGACUGCACAGUGAAAGGGAUCAGUAUGAAGACACCAUGAAGAAAGCCUUUAUGCGUGGUGUAUGUGCUUUGAAUCUGGAAGCAAUGACCAUGUUUCAGGGCAAGGACAGUAGACCAGAUCCUGAUAUAGGAAGUAGGAGAAAUGAUAAUGGUACCACUGUUGCAGGAAGGCUACCUCCUUCACAGUAUAAUCCACCCUCACCACCACCUCCACCGGCAACUACUCUUCAGCUGGAAGGCAUGUUUUCUAGCCACUUUAGUCAUGCAAGCACUUCUCAGACCAGGCUAGAUUCUGAUUCUCCAGUAAUCAUCACUAGCACAGCAACAGGAUCUGGUGUGACAUCAACUCAGAAACUGCCCAUGGCAAAAGUGAUAACAUCUGCUCAACAGAAAGCAGGAAGAACAAUCACUGCUCGUAUCACAGGCAGAGCUGAUAUGGGACAAAAAUCCAGAACUUCUGGGAGUUUAGCAGUGAUGGGAGUUGCUCCACCCAUGAGUUCAGUCAUUGUUGAGAAACAUCAUCCAGUCACUCAGCAAACUGUAUCGCAAGCCACUGCUGCCAAAUAUCCUCGAACUGUGCUCCAUUCUUCUGGUUCUACUGCUGCGAGACCUGCAGGACAAGCUGGGCGAAUGCUUCAGGGCCAGACCCAUAGCAGUGUUCAGUCAAUAAAAGUUGUUGACUGAGUGAAUAUCUUUAUCACCAGUGGGGGUUUUUGUCAAGCCUAACCCUGCAGCAAGGGCAGAGUCCCAGAGAGGAAGAAUGUCCUCCAGCCCUGCCACAGUCACACCAUCCUAGCACCAGCGGAGAUGUCGGCACCACACUGCAGUCUCCCGGAGGGCCGUGUAAUGUGCUCUGUGUCAACUUACCAGCUAAAGGCUGAAAUCCUGCUGCCACCAGAUCUUCAUAUAGACGUUUGACAGGAUUCUGAUGAGCCAGCAGCAUGCCGUGUAACCAGAUGAGCAACAUUCUGUUUCCAUGUUCCUUGUAACUUUUUUUCCCUAUGCAAUACACAAAGUACUUUUUCAA